UCUAAGUGACAAACACUCUUGUGAAAUCCUGACAGCCCUUACAUGUCCACUGCAUCCUGACAAGUUCCCACCACAUACCCGUCUGACUGGAUCUGACCCCCCCCCCCCCCACACACACACACACACACACACACUGUCACCUCCAUUUCAAGCCCUGGGCUCUGUGUUUGCCUAGUGACUGCAACCGCCUCCAAAAUUCUUCUCCCAAGGAAACAGCAUUGCUUCAUUACUUCCUUGGAACUGAAAGCAUUUUUCCUUCCGAAAACUAAAUGAUAACAUGAGAUAAGAUAAUAAUCCUUUAUUCGUCCCACAACGGGCACAUUUGGGCAUCACAGCAGCAAAGUGGACAGCAGAUCAUUUUUUAAAAAAAGCAAUAGGUAUGUAGGAAAUAGAAAUACUAAUAUAAAUAUGCGCAACAUACUAUAGCUCUUUGGCUUCACAUACAGGCCUGUUGGGAAAACUGCCUUGCAGUCAUCUUUAGGACAAGGAUGUGUCUCCACCUUGACAGGUGGAGGCUAAAUACAGAUUAGUCGUCUUAUCAAAGUGACCUUGAAUCGCAAGGCACCAUCCUCUGACCUAAAUCUGGGUUACACUGUGCAUAGGAAACAGUCGUAGUAGCAAAAAUCUUAAUUUAAUCUGCACUAUAGUAAAUGCAGUUAAUUUUUCUUCCUUUUUGAAACAUUUUUUUUUCAACUAAUUCAAAGACCCCAAACAGACAACUGUGUGAUUCUCUUUCCAAUUGACUGGAUUAAACAUUGGCGACAUGUUUUAAUCGGAUUAAAACAGAUUAGGAUUGUUUACACGGAUUACUUUAUAACCCAGAUUGAGUGAGAGGAGAGGGAUUCUACAGCAGGAUUUUGGGGGUGAAGGACCGCUCCCUGUAAGCAAUCAAAAUGCCAGUUAUUAACAUAGACGAUCUGACGGACAAGGACAAGGCUGUAAUGGAAGUAAACCAACUUAAACUUGAAGUGAAACUUGAGCGGUGGUUGACAUCUAAAUGCUGUGAAGAAAUGAAGGACUACAUUCAGGCUGGAGAGGAGGACGACAUCCUUGUCAAAGGCAUUCCAGAGGACAAGAACCCCUUCAAGGAGAAAGGUGGAUGUGUCAUCUGCUAGACUGGACCUGAGGAGCUUUUCAUAGCUCCGAUUAGCACCCGAGGACAUUCUCCUUCCCCUCAUGAAAAUGAUUUGCAGACUGAGAACACUAGACGGAGAUGAUGAAAAAAACUAUUUGUAAAAUUUCACAUUUUCCCACGUAACCGACUCCCAACCAGAUUUGUAACCUUAUUCUUUGAGAAGGGUAACUGGUAAGGGUUAUAUGAUGCUUUCUCUCUCGUGUGGUGUAUAUAGUCUGAGCACAUUUGACCCCUGUGUUGUUUCAUAGACAGAAGCAAGUGUCAUUAAAUAUGCUUGUUUAUAAUUCA